ACAGUAGCGCAGUGAGCACACAGCAUGAGACGAGGACACUAACGGGAUGACUUAAAGGAUUGUAAAUACUCUUCACUGUCCUGGAUUAUAACUUUCCUGGAGAACAUUUAGGGAGAGGUGUUGUGCUGGCUGGCUCACUUCGAACACAGUUUAUGGCCCAAGACAUUCCCACAGCAGAACUACUUACAAAGAAUAGUUUGCUUCCCGAGAAAACUUGAAGCUCUUUUUAAAUCCUCUCUUGCAGCUCAGGUGUAGCAAUGGCUGGCAUGAAACCCAAAGACUUGGUGCCCUCCGCAGCAGUUAAGUUCUUCGGAGCGGGCACCGCAGCUUGCAUUGCUGACCUCGUCACUUUUCCACUGGACACUGCCAAAGUUAGACUACAGAUUCAGGGAGAGGCUGAGAAAGGGGCGAGUGCAAAGAAGUAUCGUGGAGUGUUUGGCACCAUUGCCACUAUGGUGCGCACAGAGGGGCCCCGGAGUCUUUACAAUGGACUGGUGGCAGGACUCCAGAGACAGAUGAGCUUUGCCUCUGUCCGAAUUGGACUUUAUGACUCUAUGAAGCAAUUCUACACUCGAGGCACUGAUAGUGCUGGGAUUGUUACUCGGCUCAUGGCAGGUUGUACAACUGGAGCCAUGGCUGUGGCUUUUGCACAACCAACAGAUGUGGUGAAGGUACGUUUCCAAGCCCAGGUACGACUGGCUGAUGGUGUGAGGAGAUACAACGGCACCUUGGAUGCCUACAAGACAAUUGCCCGAGAUGAAGGGGUACGGGGCCUUUGGAAAGGUUGCAUGCCCAACAUCACCCGUAAUGCCAUUGUAAACUGUGCAGAGCUGGUGACCUAUGACUUGAUCAAAGAAGUCAUCUUGAAGUAUGACAUAAUGACAGACAACCUGCCGUGCCACUUCACUGCUGCCUUUAGUGCAGGCUUCUGCACAACAAUUGUGGCUUCCCCUGUGGAUGUAGUCAAAACACGGUACAUGAAUUCACAUUCUGGCCAGUACAACAGCGCUAUCAACUGUGCACUCAACAUGCUGAGGCAUGAAGGACCCACAGCCUUCUAUAAAGGGUUCAUGCCCUCUUUCCUGCGACUGGGCUCCUGGAACAUUGUGAUGUUUGUGACAUACGAACAAAUCAAACGGGGUAUGACCAGGGCAACACAGUACUGGGAGUCGCCAUUUUGACCGCAGCUUUUCAGACAGAAAUGCACAGACACAAGAAAAUAGCCUUCACUAUGGUGCAGUGAUGACCAGUGAUGACCCAUGCUUUUAUAGGUUGGAAUAUGACACCCGCAAGUGGAGGCCCAAAGGAGAGCUUCAAAAGGUUUGAGAGGCCUUUGGUCACACUAUCAGUAUAGCAGCUCAGAGGUGGAGAGAGCUCACAUGUUAUUUACAAAGACUCUUCAUCGUGACGGGAGUUUGUCUACUGAUUCCUAAAUGUACAUUGACUCUGUUGGUAUUGUUACAAUGCUGGCAGGAGUAUUCAAGUGUAAAGGGGCAUUUUAAACUCUCUAAUGUUGUGCACUUCUAUAAAGAAAUGCUCCUUCAGGCUUAAAUGAUGGAUGUGAAAUGGAGGUGAAAGGGUAAUUCCAGAAAGUCAUGCUUUAUUGCUUAUUCACAUAUGUAUAUCAAAAAUCUUGAUCAGCUGGCUCUGAGCUUUGAAGAUGGAUGUUCAUGUUUACAAGACUGAACUGGACUGUAUGGAUAAUGUGAUAGCAUAAUGUUAUUUGUUAUUUAGGGUAUGUUUCCAUGAAAGCAGUGGACAGAUUGAGUCUGGCAACACAGGCUUAAAUAGUGACCAUUUUAUUGUAGACUGUUUACAAUUUGCAAUUUAGUUUACCAGUGUUUGUGGUGCAUAUGGCCAGAAGUUUAUAGGAUAACAUGUGUCUGUGUAUGUAAAUAGUAUGAUUUAUUGCUGGUCGAUAACUUGUAAAUAUGCUGUACAUAAUGAUAAAUAAAUGCCAAAAUGAAUGACUGCAACAAUUCUU